AUGACAUUGGCCAACCAGUCUCACUUAGUGCUGCUUCCAAGCCUCCAAGCCUCGUAUUGCAAACGCUCAUCUUCUGCCACAACGACAAGGCAAACGGCGAUCCAAAAGCGCCCCAUGAAUCCCUCCACCAUGGACUCGGAAAAAAUCAACUCCACCCCGGUGCCCGCCUACGAUCAACACCCCAGCCCAGCAGCCCACCAGCCACAGGCCGCGCCUAUCGUCCCAGUCUCCCAGGACGCACACAUGCAGUCCCCGGCAACCCUCCCCAAAGACUACCCCCAGGCGCAGCCACUCCCGCAGCCCCCCGCGCCGGGAUACUACGCCACCGCGCCGGGAGUGGGCCAUCCAAGCGGGUACAACAGCGCGACACCGCUGCAUGCGCUGCAGCGGGGGCCGACGCCCGUGGAUUGUCCUGUCUGCGGACAGCGGGAGAUGACACGCGUGGAGGCGCAUGCGGGGAAUACCACGCAUGGAUGGGCGGCGGUGCUGUGCUGCUGCUUCUGUCUCGGGUGUAUCCCCUAUCUGAUGUCGUCGCUGAAGGAUGUCAACCACUACUGUGGGAAGUGUGGAGCGCUGUUGGCGACGUGGCAUAACAGUGGACGGGUGGAUGUGCAUCAUGCGGUUAGGACUUGA